CCUAGGGCCGAUAAUAAAAGCGGGCUUAAGGCGAGGAGGCGGUAAACAAAUGGGAGACGGAUUGGGAUUCUCGGCAUCGUUGGUUCGUUAUCUUGUAGUUAGACAGAUCACUACGACAAAGAAAGAUGAUCUGUGGUUUUAUUUUAACAACCAACCGAUGCGAUUCACUUUGCGUGAAUUUCAUCUUGUCACCGGACUUCCUUGCUAUGCGGAAGAUAAAAUCCAAGUAGAAGAAAACAUCAAUUGGCCUAUGGUAACCAAAGAGCACACUCCGGAAGAUUUGCUAGCUCAGUUACGUGCUUUGGGAAAUGAUGAUGAGGAAAGCAAACUUAGGCUUGCUAUGUUGCUUCUUCUCGAGUCAAUAUUCUUGUUGAAGUAUGCCCUUAACAAGCCAAGUAUGUACUUUACGGCAGAGAUGUUGGAGAGAGGGAAAAAUAAAAUGCACACGUAUCCUUGGGGUAAAUUGGCGUUUGACUUACUCGUAGAUUCUGUACACAAACUUACUGGUAAAUUGCAAACUGGUUCGUCAAAGAAAGACCUUAAAGGUUUUCCGAUGGCAUUACAGUUGUGGAUGUUGGCUUCUGUGCCAGCAUUAGAAACUGCUUUUGCUCAGUCAGAAUCAGAUACUUCAGGCUUUGUUUGUGAGAGGUACGUGGUUACUAGGCAGCCUAGUUAUUAUGAAAUUGAGAGCGUGGCAGAAUCUACGAGUCCCUCGGUAAUCAGCUUUCUUGGUUCUGAUGAAGAAGACUAUGAAGAUGAUGAUCCUUUUAAGAUGAUGAUGAAGAUGGUGAAGGGAGGAUACCCCUGGACUGAGCUAGAUUGGAGGCGUGGAUUCAUUGAGGUAGAAAAAGCUCAAGAAGAUGGUGGCUAUGCUUCGCCCAGGCUCGAGACUUCUGUUUCGCUUGGGCUCGAGGCUUCGCCCAGGCUCGAGACUUCUGUUUCGCUUGGGCUCGAGGCUUCGCCUAGGCUCAGCAAUUCACUGCAUGAACCGGACACGGGAGAUAAGGAUGAGUUUGGUAAGGAGUUGAAUGUUCAGGAUAAGGAUGAGUUUGAUAAGGAGUUGAAUGUUCAGGAUGAGGAUGAGGAUGAGGAUGAGCCGGAGUUGAAUGUUCAGGAUGAGGAUGAGGAUGAGGAUGAGGAUGAGCCGGAGUUGAAUGUUCAGGAUGAGGAUGAGGAUGAGCCGGACGUAUUGGUUGAUCAACUCAAGGAGUUGAAUUUUCAGGAACAACCUGAGCAGGAAAAGGUUGGGGUUUAUAAAACACGAGCUGGACGCGUGGUUAUACCACCAACAAAUUGAAAAAACCCUAAAUUCCACAACCUCAUAAAUAAAGAGCACAAAUCAUG